CUACACCGCCGUAUCCACUUGCAUCAUGGCACCCACCAGCUGCUACCUCGUCGCAUCGAGGAACAUGCGACAACCGAACAUCACGGUUGUACCGCAAAACCGACUCAUCCUCUUGAUUUGCAUUGCCCAGUUUUUCCUCGCAUGUCUUCCUGUCCCUGCUCGACUCCCGUGGUUGCGGGGUCAUCCCCGCCUUGCGCACAGCGAAGAAGAUGCAGUUCUCUCGGCACUACAACUUACCUCGGGAGAUGAGACCGGCGCCGGGGCGAGGAGCGAGACAGGAGAUGAGACCUCGGCAAGAAAAAUCCGGGCUGUACAAAGCGCAGAGACUUCGCAAACGCCAACUACAGAUGAAUACCUAGCAGAUCCAGAUGACGAGGACGCUGGUGCUGGUCCACCCUCCACUCUCGGCGUCGGUGAUCUGAGCACCAUUUUCCAAUCACCGGAAGACGAAAGUGCUGAUGAAGAGGGAAGUAAAAGUGCCACUGAUGAUGCAACGGACAAAACAACAGGAACUGCUGCAGCUGGUUCUACUUCUGGUGCCGAAGAACAAGAUGCGGCUGAUGAAACGGGAACAACAGGGACCGAAGCAGCUGCGGAAAAAGCGGACGGGGUAGGAGCUGCCAGAGAUGAUGUCGUGGGGGACAGCAGUAGUUCUACUGCGGGACGAACAACUGCAGCCGCAACAUCCAACGAUGAGAACGACAAGUUCAGCGACGAGGACGAUCCCUCCGCCCAGAACUGCUCGCUUUCCCCGCAAAACCCCGUUGCCAUCCACAAGUCGCAGCCCUGUCCACAAGCCUGCCCUUUCGCCCAGCCAAUAGCGCAGCAGAGUUGCGAGAAGUGGUGCGUGAGGCCGGAGAACUGCGCCAUGUUCCACCCCGCGAGGUCCUUCCCCGAUUUGAAGACGAACCAAUGCGUCCUGCCCUGCGGAAUAGACGGGAACGAGAUCGAGGGUUGUGUCGAGUGCGCCGGGUUGGGAAAGUGCAAGAAGUGCGCGGUUGGGCUAUUGGGUGUGUCGUACUACGAGUUGUCGGUCGACGGUAAGAAGUGCGUCAAUUUGGCCUCGCGGACCUUCCACUUGGUGACGUCGGUUAUCCUGUUUCUCUGCUUCGCCUUUUUUCUGUACUUGUUGCAACUCCAAGCUCGUCCGGUCACAAAUCUAGAUGCGUUGCAGUACGCGAUGCGGAACCGGUGGCAGGCGAAGUGGGCGUUUGUGUUCGGAGAUAUCAGGUUGGGGGACUUGAAACUAGGACGAGGUCAAGAGGAAGAUGAAAACGUAGCGAAUUAUGGCACGAACGAAGGUACUGGCGCAAGGACCUCAGGCGGACUCCAAAGUGUGCUGGGAGAGGAAGAAGAUGAAGAACAGUUUUUUCUGUCCGACGACGAGGAGAAUUUUCCACGGGCAGAAACAAGUGAAGAGCUGCACUUCGAGCCAGAAAUCGUCGAUCCCACAGGCACCUGCUCGGCUGCCGACUCGGAGUUGGACGACGAGGAGAAUUCUCUCACUGUGCAAGAGCCACAAGCAUCUCCUCCUGAUUUCCGCUUGGGCAGCAACAGUCAUGACCAGCACCAGUCUCAGCUCCAGCUUGAGUCCCGGACGCAAAUCUUGCGAGAACACGCCACCACGACCUCCAACCGAACGGCGAGGGUAUUGACCAGCAGCGUUUCCUCGUCAGCCACCACUACUAGCCCGCGGGUCGCCGGCGUUGGGCAGAUGGCGCGCUCGGCUUCUAGUGCGACUACUUCUACACCAAAAGCUCCUGCUAAAUCCUCGGAUUCCAAAAAAUUAUCUAGUGGAGGUCCCCGCCGCUGGUGGAGCACCCCGGUCCACUCUGAGGACAUUGCCGGCAAAGGUGUCGCGCUUUACUUCAACUGGCUGCUGUUUCUGAUGGUGGUUUCCCUCGCUUCCUCCUCCAUUCAUUAUUUCACCUACGAACAUUCGGAUUUGGGCGCGGCCAUGCACAGUGGCGGGCCACUGCUGGAAAAAAGCUGUGCUGCGCCAUUACAGAAGGACGGGGUAACUCCUGCGGGUCUUGGGAGUCGUGCAGACGCUUCUUCGUCGGCAAGAUCAACAAACAGUACAACCACUUCUCCUACUGGACCUGCCUCAGACCAGUCUGAAUCAGAGCCAGCGAAAGAUGAACAAGCCGAACUGCCAAAGGAAACCAAACCAAAUACGGACGAGAGCAGCAACGUCGAGCCAAAAGAGACAAACAAACUCCUGUUUCUCAUGCAAAAGCAAGUUCCAACGAAUCCGAUUCCCUCCGGCCAGCCGGCCACGCAGCCGGGGGAGGAGGACAACGCUUUGCCCCCGGUGGCGAAAGACGACACUGACAUCACGACUCCACCGCCGAAGGUGAUCGAUGGAGAGCAAACAGACGGGGACGACGCCAGUGGGUCUUCUAGAAGCAACAUUUUUCGUCGCCGGGGAGAUGAAAACGCUGGUAGUAUGGAGACUGAAGAAGAUCCAGAUGACUACUACAACGACGAUGACGAUUUCUCUGGUGUGCCACCUUAUCGACGGGAUCGCCGCCGCUACAAGCCGACAUUAGAAGAAGUGCUCGAGGACAAGUUCAACGAUCUUGCCGUCGCCGUCCGAAGCAUCAUCCAGCGGCUGCAGGACGAGGCCAGUAAGUGGACGCUGCCGGCAAACGCUAUGGGUGGUGGAGGGGGAGCGAACAAGAAAAAUGUCAAUCCCAACGUCGAGAAAAAGUACGAGCAGUUCCACUCCCGGAUGUUUGUUUGCUGUGGGCUGUUGUACUUUGUUUUGACAUUUUCCGUCCUCAUCUUCCACGCGUUGCAAUUGGAAAAACUCGCAACGAAUAGCUGCACGGUGGAUGGCAAUGCUCUUGAAGAUGAUGAAGUAGACCAAAACGAAAAUCCUUCUAGCAGCAAACCCGAGACGAACAGGAACAAGCAGAUGAACUACAACACCCAGAACUUCUCUUCCACCCAGGUGGAGCUGCAACAGACGCAGGACUCCCCGACGCAGUACUGCCUCGUUUUGGAAAACCUACCCCGCCAUGUGCUCGACGGGAGUGUUGUGUCCGCGUUUCUGGAGCAGAAGUUGACGCACUUGCUGAAUAUGAAUUCGACAGCGCUGGUAGAAGGCCAAUAUUACGCGGGACGAGAUCUUCAUAGUGUAGCUGAUUCACAAUUCUUGCCAAAUGGCACUAGAACAUCUUCUUCUUCACGAACUUCUAAGAACAGCUCCCCAGCAGCUGCAUCACAACCUCAACCUCACGCCGUCCGCAUCAUCGGGACUAGCAUUGCGUACGACUUUUACACGAAGAAGGAGGAAGUGUACGAGGAGUGCCUAGAUUGGCUGGAUUUCUCCCGACACUUGGCCGAUUCCUCCCGGCGUUUCUUCGCCAGGUCGCUGCAUUCCGGCACUUUUUUCAACCGUUCCACGUCCUCGCCUGUGCAGUCGCCAAGGAGCGCGGGGGGCGGCGGACAUCCCGGAAGGAGCCGGUCCACCGAUAUGCUGGCAGCAGCGGCCGCGGGUCGUGUUCCAGCCUUCUCCACCUCCGCUGGAACUAGUUCAGAAAGCAGGACGCCGGCGAACCGGGCGAUCGAGGUCGAUUUGUCGUCUACCGGCGCCGCUGCUGUCGCUUUUUCGCCUGUAGCAAAGGGGGCACAGACAGAAGUAUCUUCGUCAAAACUUGUAAAUCAGCAAGAAGCGAAUAAAACCACGAGUAGUAGCAAAAACACAGCAUCUGCCUCCACCUCGCCAGACAGGACUACGGGAAGUAGGAAGAUAAAACUCGUUUCCAACACGGUGCAAACGGACGCGCUGUCCUCCAAAAUGUUCGACACGUUGAUCGAGCUCGACGAACGAACGACGAAGACGCGGAAGCUUGAAAGAAAGUCCCAACUUGCCAUGCUGGACAACCUCUUCAUGCAGUUCGUCGGACUGAGAGAGAACAAGCCGCUACCGCUGAAAAACACUGGGAAGGCGUAUGUGGUUUUUGAGAGGAAGGAGGACGCAGCAAGGAUCCUUUUGUUAGCAGACCGCUUGCACCAGCAACGCGAAUACGAAAAGUGGAAAAGGGGGGAAAAUUUGCUGCUCCACCGACUGCAUUCGCCGUGGUUGGUGAGAAGUGUGUCAUCUGGAGCUGGGGGAUUUUUCGGGACGCCAGGAGCAGCUCCGUUGUUUCGACUUCCUUCAUCGGGUAUGGAGGUCGUGCAACAGCCUCUGGCGUCAAAAUCGUCGACAGCUCAAGAUCGUCAGAUGGCUGAUCAUCACGCAGAAGAAGAGACAUCAGGUACUGCUACAACGAUGUCAACAAGAGCAAGGCGCUUUUUUCGAAAAACGCUAGGGCUGUUUUCGUUACCGAGGAUACGGUUUUUGUCGUCCACAAGAACAGCAACUGGAAGAGCUACAUCAGCCUCACACCGACCCGGGCACCAGCAUCAACCGCAGCCAUCCGCCGAAGAGUUGCUCCGGAUUGAGAACGCGGUUUUGGAAAUUCCGCUGGAUGCUCUUCCCGCAGAAUUGCCCGACAGUAGACAAAAUUCAUUUGGAGCAGUAGAAGUAGACCGAUCCAACGCUAGCACUACUUUGUCGUCCGCAGUCGGCAAUAUAAAUUCCAGCACUGUUGACUGCACCACGGCGCCAGGUCGGGCGCUGGUUUACAGCCGCGCCUUCGAAAAGCAGUACGGGGGGAGACAGUGCCGCCCACGGUUGCUCAGGACCUUGCGAUACAGCGCAACGGGACAUGAGGGCUCGUUGUCACACCAAGAGGGCGGUGGUCGGGUAUAGGUUCAUCUUCAUGCUGAUCACGUCCUUGCACUCGACGCUUUUCGUUGUUGUGAAUUUUUUUUCUGCUACCUCGAAGCUCUUUGAUAGCAUUAGCAAGAUGCAAAAUCGAAGGAAAUAAAAUCACAGGCAACCUCCGACCCAAGCUCCCCGCUUGGCGCCAAUGCCGCCCCUGUCUCGACGGAUAACAUACCCCCACCACCACCACCCACCGAAUUGGACUUCAUCACUCUGCGAAAAGCGAAAGAUGACGAGCACCCGUUAUUGCUUCAUUGGGAAAACCUGACUUCCUGGGGCAAUUUUUACCAGAAGAUCUUCCUGGGCGUCACAAUCGUCCUUUUCACGAUGUUUUUGUGGACAGCACUGUACCUUACGUACGCGAUUUUCUACAUCACACUGAUUCCCAACAUCCCGGGUUUGGGUGUUGACCAAACGUACUUGAAAGACGUGCUCCUCGGUCUGCUGAUCACCGUCGGCAAUGCGCUGCUGUACUUCGUCAUCGACCGCGUAACGAAACAAGCGGGCUUUUCCUCCCGCGACAGCAGGGACCGGGCGGUUUUGGGGUUCAGCUUCAUCGGAACCUUGCUCAACGUGGUGUGUGAUUUGGCCAUGGUAGCGUACGUCGCAAGGACUCAGCAUUUGGAAACAAUCUUUAGCAGCAGCAGCACUUCUUCUUCUGGGAGCUCCUUCGUCUCCUACGACCAAGUCCUCGGUCAGCAACUGUUCGCUUUGAUUAUGCCGGGCUAUUUGAUUCUGCCCUUCCUCGCCGCGCCGGUUUUCGAGCACGUCCUCCCGUUUUGGCUCUCGUUCUGGUUUAUCCGGUCGAGAUCCGGCGUUUUGCAGAAAGACGCAACGGAGGCCUUGCGAGCGAAGGACUUUGAGAUCGCGUGGCGUUAUGCGGAUGUGCUGAACAACCUAUCUAUUUGCCUCCUCCUCUUUCUCUUUCCCGGCCCGAACGCGUGGCGGAUUAUGCUUGGGCUGUUCCUCUUCUCGGUCUUGAUUUACGUCAUUUAUCCCUUGUGCAAAAGUAUCGUAUCUUCUUCGAUGGUACGAAAAAUCGCAGUCAUACAGAAAAAAACGAAAACCUUUUAUUUGUUUUCCAAGCGAAAUAUACGAUUACGAUUAUGAGCAUGAGAAAUUAUUCCAUUUGCAAAUGCCACGUUCAGCUCCUGCCAAUCUGUAUCGCAAUUCCUAUCAGUGCUAGUCCCGCGAACGCGAUAUUACUUUUGCAAUGCAUAUGCUUGAUCGGUAUCUGUUCUUCAAGCAGACGACGGUCACAUUCUACCCCACGAUCGGUUUGGCGAAUAGCUUCGCGUACUGGUUCGUCGUUCCAACUGGGAUUAUAUGCAUUGCAAAUAUGUCUGGCUUCUGGGCGUGAGAAGCAAAAGUCACCCACUUUUGGGCACCAAUUAGCGAGUGUAUUUCUGAUGCGGCACACUGGCAAUGAAUUAAAAUUCCCGAGCCUCCUCAUCAAAAUUUGUAAUGGUGCGCUCCUUAUUGCUCUUCCAGACCUUCUAGGCCAUGCGAAGCCUGCGCGUGACAGUGGAUCUAGCAACCAUUUUCCAGACGCAGACAUGUUUGCAGUGCAUACAUUCUGGCUGUCGCCGUGGCGUACUGGGGGACAAAAGCGUUCGACCCCGUGGAGGACUACCUGACGUUUCUGAAAUACGAUUUCUUCAACCCAGGAAGGCAGAAUAUCAAAGACGGGACAACCGGCUCAGGGUCCUUUCUCUUGGCACUAAACCUGCCGUGGUCCGUGUGGUUUUGCUUGCUUGCGGUGGUGCUGCAUGUGGUGAGCUAUUUGUCUCUUUUGCGCACCCUGAUACGGAAUUUCAAGGCCUACACCAGCUUGGCCAACUACGGUCAAAUAAUCCUCGACGGGGGUGGAGAACAACAAGCUGGGAGGAAGUUCUCGUCGUCCACUUAUUCCUCCUACCUGUUCCGUCAGUACUUGCUCUCGCCCGGAACGAGACCCAAAUUGGUCCUGCCCGCAGUAGCAACAGCAGGAAACAAUGUGAAUGCGUCGACGAACAGCAACACUGCUUCUGAACAAGAUCCCGAUAGACGAGAAGUAGAUCAUGCAGCUCAUAGUAGUACUCAAUUUCUAAAGAAACUUGCCCAAAAGCGCAUUUCGCAGAAGUCCAUCGCCACGUAUUUCAAUACGAAUCCGAUCUACUGUCUACGAAGCCGGUACCUAGGCCCAGAUGCGUCCGGAUGGAAAAUGGUGCGCAACGCGCUGCAUUUGAGCGAGAAGACUUGUUUUCCCUUCAUGCGCGGGGUGUAUCCAAACUUCAGCAAGUUCUGAGGCGGCACGUGGUUCACUUGCGCUUGUCGUGCCAAGAACGCCGGUGCGUGUGCACGCUGAUGCUGAAGAUACGAUACAUACUCUGAGAAAUAAACUACACACAAGGAAUGCAUCAUGUAGUUCAUGAUGUCGCGAGUUUUUUCUUUUCCACAUCGUAAUCGAAGCCUUCACGACGUCGGACAUGUAUUGAAUUUGAAGCACGGACCGCAAAUUCGCGGAUAGCGCUGUUGCAACACCGUCAUGCACUGCAAGAGAGAGAGACCCUUCAAGAAUCAUUGAUGACUUCGUGUCAGAGACAAGUUUCAUGUGUUGUUUUUUCCGCUCACAAGAAAGGAGCCAAGCAUGGUACUAGCAAGAUGAAGCAAGCAGAAGCACUACUCUACACCUGAGUCUGGUGUAUGAAGCACAAGGAC